UGGAAACUGGAAACUGGGAUUUGACACGCGAAGCUGAUCCUGAAGCUAAACCUCAAGCCGAAGCAAAGGGAAAGCAAAGCAAAACGAGACGCGAAGACAACAAGAUCAAAGAAAAGCCAGUGGAGAUAAGAAAAAAAAGCAAAAAUGCCAUCCUCCAUCCCCGGCGCACCCCACAAACUGCGCCCCGUCUUCCCCGCCUCCUCAUCACCCGGACCCCGCAACCCACACGAUGAAAAGGCAGAACACGAAUCCACUCGCUCCAUCAUCGCAAGUCGCAGCCUCCAGCGCCACAUCGAAGGCGGGUAUUUCGCCGAGAUAGAUCGGAAUCCGCUUGUUAUUCCGAAUCCAUUUUUACAUCAGCGACAAGGACAUGGCGGAGACGGAGACGUAGAAGAGGGGGGGCACUGGGAAGGGCUAAAGACGGCGGAGAAACCGGUGUCUGGCGAUCAAGGCAUCAGGACUGCGAGUACGAGUAUAUAUUAUUUACUUACGCCUGUGGAGCCGCAGGGUUGCUUUCAUAGGAAUAAGGGGAGGACGAUCCACACCCUCAUCUCAGGAAGAGGCCAAUACGUGCUUAUCCACGCCGACGCCGGCGGCGCGAAAAAAAGAAUCGAAACGUUUGUCGUUGGCAUGGAUCUUGCUGCGGGGGAAAAAGCAGUCUGGGUUGUUGAAGGGGGGAAGUAUAAAGCUAGUUUUUUGCUUGAUACUCAUACUGGUGCUGAUACUGGGGCUGAGACGGACAAGGGGAAGGGGAAAGAUGAGGCAAGACUGUUGAUUAGUGAGACUGUGAUCCCAGGCUUCGAGUACUGCGACCAUGAUUUCUUAACUCUGGACAAGUUCCGCGCGCUUGUAACGGAAGAGCAAGCCGAGGAAUUGGAGUGGCUGGUUAGGAAGUCAUAAUAGGAAGACGG